AUGACACGGCCAUUUGGUAACAGUGACAAACGUUUUUCAAUCGACGACGCUUUCGAAGAGGAGACCGAUGAAGCCAUCAAAGUGUACGGCGCAACGGGUGAUAGGUCUCCUUUGCAGAAUAAAUACAAGAAUGGCGGUGACUACCUCUCAAGUAAAACGUACAAGUGCACAGAAGACACUACAUCAAGAGAUUCUGACUCACUUAUCCAUGAAUAUGUGGAAGCUUCUCAAUCGAUGUACUGCUGGAAUCAUCCCAAAGUUCGCGAGAACUGGAAAACAGUCUGUGCCGCUGUCAUCCUGCUUAUUGUAGGAGUAGGUCUCCUUGGCAUGGGUGCAUUUGCUGUAGCCGAACCAGAAAACGGUCUCCAGGGUGCUGUGUUUUUUGUUGCAGGUAUGAUAUGUUUUGUUCCUGGUGCAUAUCAUGUAGUUUACAUUUGGUUAGCAGCCCGUGGUCAGAGGGGCUAUGAUUUCUACCAUUUGCCCCUCUUUACA